GAUUUGAAACAGGGAGCGAAGAAUUCGGAUUUGGGAUUGGGAGAUGCAGUAUGAUUUUUCUCACGAUUCAUUCAUUUCGAAUUUCUCUUUCUGAUGAUUUGCCGUGAAGAAGAAGUAGGUUAAUCUUGGUUUGAAGAUAGUUGGUGAAAAUUGGGGGAUGGAAGCAGUAGCUGAAGGGCUGUGGGGGCUAGCAGAUUACCAUGAGAAGAAGGAAGAGAUAGGGAAGGCGGUGAAGUGCUUAGAGGCAAUCUGCCAGUCUCACGACUCCUUCCUUCCCAUCGUCGAGGUGAAGACUCGGCUCCGCAUAGCCAUUCUUCUGCUGCGCCACUCGCACAACGUUAACCAUGCCAAGUCCCACCUCGAACGCUCACAGUUGCUCCUCAACUCCAUACCUUCUUGCUUCGAGUUGAAGUGCCGGACCUACUCACUGCUCAGCCAGUGCUACCAUCUCGUUGGGGCCAUCCCUCCUCAGAAGCAGAUCUUGCAGAAGGCUCUACACCUUACUUCUGCGGCAGCUCCAGAUUUUUCGGUGAAGUUAUGGUGUUGUAACUUCAAUUCUCAGUUGGCAAACGCUCUGAUUAUUGAAGGAGACUACCAGAACUCAAUCUCCACUUUAGAAUCAGGUUAUGAAAUUGCUACUCAAAUUUGCUAUCCGGAGCUUCAGAUGUUCUUUGUGACUUCUAUUCUGCAUGUCCGCCUCCUAAUGCAGUGGGGUGAUCAAACGGCAAACGAGGUUGAGCUAGCUCUUCAGCGGUGCGAUCAGAUCUGGGAGACUAUGCCCUCGGAUAGGAGAGCCCAUUGCUUGGGUUUACUCUUCUACAAUGAACUUCUGCAUAUCUUCUACCGACUUCAUAUCUCUGAUUACAAGAAUGCUAUCAAACAUGUGGACAAGUUGGAUGCCGCUAAGAAGCAAGAUUCCAAGAACAUGCACCAACAGACUUCAACUGGAAAUGAUUCCCUUGAACCCACAUAUUUUGGAAAUAUCAAACGGGCAGUGCAAUAUAAGCUUUUCCUCGCACCACCUCCCAUUAAUGGGGAAUGGCUGCCAAAAAGUGCUGUAUAUGCCCUUGUUGAUCUCAUGGUCAUCAUAUUCGGUCGUCCAAAAGGAAAUUUUAAAGAGUGCGAUAAAAGAAUUCAAUCUGGAAUGCAUAUCAUCAAAGAGGAACUGGUCAGGCUUGGGAUAACUGAUGAUGUGAGAGAAGUGGAUUUGAAACACUCAGCAAUCUGGAUGGCUGGUGUAUAUUUAAUGCUAUUGAUGCAGUUCCUUGAGAAUAAAGUUGCUGUGGAGCUUACACGGUCUGAAUUUCUUAAAGCUCAAGAGGCAUUGGUACAAAUGAGGAACUGGUUCAUUCGCUUUCCAACAAUUUUACAGGCCUGUGAGAGCAUCAUUGAGAUGCUUAGGGGGCAAUAUUCCCAUUCUGUCGGUUGUUAUAAUGAAGCAGCUUUUCACUAUGUAGAAGCUGCGAAGAUAACUGAGAGCAAAUCAAUGCAAAUCAUGUGCCAAGCUUAUGCAGCCAUUUCAUACUUUUGCAUUGGUGAUGCUGAAUCAUCUUCACAGGCGCUUGAUUUAAUUGGACCAGUUUACAUAAUGAAGGAUUCCUUUAUUGGAAUUAGAGAGGAAGCAAGCAUCCUUUUUGCUUAUGGCCUUCUAUUGAUGAAGCAGCAAGAUCUGCAGGAAGCACGAAAUCGGCUGGCCAAGGGCUUGCAGAUUGCUCAUGUUCAAAUGGGAAACCUUCAGCUUGUAUCUCAGUAUUUGACCAUUCUUGGGAAUUUGGCUCUUGCUCUGCAUGACACUGGACAAGCCAGAGAGAUCCUAAGAUCCUCGCUCACUUUGGCAAAGAAGCUCGGUGAUAUCCCAACUCAGAUAUGGGUUCUGUCUGUUUUGACGGGACUCUUCGAACAAUUAGGUGAGAGGGGAAACCAAAUGGAGAACGAUGAGUACAGAAGAAAGAAGUUUGAUGAUUUGCAAUCGAAAUUUGCUGAUGCACGUUCAUCCAUCUAUCAUAUUGAACUUAUUGACAAAGUAAAACCUCAAGUUCAGCAAUAUCAUGAGAUCGAUGUGAAGCGUACGAUGGGAGGCGAAUCUAUGAGAGUCAACCUUGACAUCCCAGAAUCUGUUGGCUUAUCAACACCAAUGCCAGUUCAAUCAUCAUCAAGGCUGCUUGAUUUAGACACUAGAAGACGUGGAAAGAAAAAACUGUAACUUUUUUUUUACUUGUUUAUUUGAAUUAGGAACAUGGUGUUCGCACUUGAAUGUAUAGGUUCCCUAGUAAAUUGUUAGAGUUGGCAUUAACUUUACUAAAUUAACCAAAGCUUAAAUGAACGGUAACUGUUGUGGGUUAAGAUAUUGAGGGUAAGUGUUGAUGUGUGUCGGAACGUCUUUCGGGUGGGUCUCGGAGUUGGGUUUCGACUUGGAUUAAAUGGAUUGGAGUCGUUAUCGAUCAUUUAUUUUAAACAAAAUAGGUUGAUUGGA